AUGGAUCUAAAAGACUAUUACCUGUUGGGCGCCCUGCUUGCCUGCGUGUGGCUAGAUCCUUCAAUAGCCCAAGAGUUAAUCUACCCCAUCAGAGAGGAGUUGCAGGAAAAUGUCCUCAUUGGAAACAUACCAAAGGACCUAAACAUUUCCCAUACAAAUGCUGCCACUGGGGCAAGUGCUAAUCUGGUGUACCGGCUUGUCUCCAAAGCGGGAGACAACCCGCUGGUCCGCGUUCUGAGCAGCACUGGCGAGAUUUUCACAACAUCAAACCGGAUCGACAGGGAGAAGUUGUGCCCCGGUCCGUCGUUUGAGGACAGCGAGUGCUCCUUUGAAAUUGAAGUGGUCAUCCUGCCUAACGAUUAUUUCAGGCUGAUUAAAAUCAAAAUAAUCGUCAAAGACACAAACGAUAAUGCCCCCAUGUUCCCGUCCCCUGUGAUCAACAUCUCCAUCCCAGAGAACACGCUCAUCAACAGCCGCUUUGCCAUCCCUUCUGCCACUGACCCCGACACUGGCCCCAACAGUGUCCACAAAUACGAGCUGAUCAACGGGCAGAGUGCCUUCGGCUUAGACAUAGUGGAAACGCCUGAGGGGGAGAAGUGGCCCCAGCUCAUCGUGCAGCAGAAUCUGGACAGAGAGCAGAAGGAUACAUAUGUGAUGAAGAUCAAAGUGGAGGACGGUGGCAGUCCGCAGAAAUCCAGCACUGCUAUUCUCCAAGUUACAGUAACAGAUGUCAAUGACAACAGACCGGUGUUUAAAGAGGGUCAGAUAGAGGUGCAUAUACCAGAGAACUCCCCUAUCGGCACAUCUGUUGUGCAGCUUCAGGCCACGGAUGCAGACAUAGGGGCGAAUGCAGAGAUACGUUAUGUAUUUGGGACUCAGGUGUCACCUGCUACGAAAAGACUAUUUGCAUUAAAUACAACAUCUGGCCUAAUUACGGUGCAGAGGCCCCUGGACAGAGAGGAGACAGCUAUUCAUAAGCUCUCUGUUUUAGCCAGCGAUGGCAGCUCUAGUCCUGCCAGAGCUACUGUUACCAUAAAUGUGACUGACGUUAAUGACAAUCCACCUAAUAUAGACCUGAGAUACAUAAUCAGUCCCAUUAAUGGAACUGUUUUCCUGUCAGAGAAGGAUCCUAUCAAUACCAAGAUAGCUCUCAUCACGGUGUCAGACAAAGACACUGACAUCAACGGCAAGGUCAUCUGUUUCAUAGAGAAGGAUGUGCCUUUCCAUCUCAAAGCCGUGUACGACAACCAGUAUCUGUUAGAGACAUCAGCGCUGCUCGACUACGAGGGGACUAAGGAGUACAACUUUAAAAUUGUAGCUUCUGACUCUGGAAAACCGAGCUUGAAUCAAACUGCCUUGGUGCGAGUGAGGCUGGAGGAUGAGAAUGACAACCCGCCUAUUUUUACUCAGCCAGUUAUUGAGCUGGCUGUUAUGGAAAACAACAAGCGCGACCUGUUCCUCACUACGCUCAGCGCCACCGACGAGGACAGCGGGAAAAACGCGGAGAUAGUUUAUCAGCUGGGGCCGAACGCGUCAUUCUUCGAUCUCGACCGCAAAACGGGGGUCCUGACGGCAUCCAGGGUUUUUGACCGGGAGGAUCAGGACAGGUUUCUCUUCACUGUGACGGCGAGAGAUAAUGGGACACCCCCUCUGCAAACGCAGGCGGCCGUUAUUGUGACUGUGCUGGAUGAAAAUGAUAACAACCCUAAGUUCACACAUAACCACUUUCAGUUCUUUGUGUCAGAGAAUCUACCUAAAUACAGUACUGUGGGGGUGAUAACUGUCACAGAUUCAGAUGCUGGAGAAAACGCUGCUGUUUCUCUUUCCAUAUUGAAUGACAAUGAGAACUUUAUACUGGAUCCUUACUCUGGGGUGAUAAAAUCUAAUGUGUCAUUUGAUCGGGAGCAACAGAGCUCCUACACUUUUGAUGUCAGGGCUGUGGACAGCGGCAGGCCUCCCUGCUCCUCAGCUGCCAAGGUGACCAUCAAUGUCAUCGACGUGAACGACAACACCCCCAUCGUCAUCUACCCCCCCUCCAACAACUCUUUCAAACUCGUCCCUCUCUCCUCCAUCCCGGGAUCUGUGGUGGCGGAGGUGUUUGCUGUGGAUGGUGACACGGGGAUGAAUGCAGAACUGAAGUAUACCAUUGUGAGUGGGAACAACAAAGGUCUUUUCAGAAUUGACCCUGUUACAGGGAAUAUUACUCUGGAGGAAAAGCCAGCAGUGACGGACAUAGGCUUACACAGAUUAGUGGUCAAUAUCAGCGACCUGGGAUAUCCCAAAUCUCUCCAUACUCUGGUGCUGGUAUUUCUGUAUGUCAAUGACACUGUGGGCAACUCAACACUCAUCUAUGAUCUCAUCCGACGCACCAUGGAGACCCCAAUUGACCGAAACAUUGGUGAAAGCAGUGAAACUUAUCAAAGUGGUGACUAUUUAACCAUAAUGAUAGCCUUUGUUACCGGCGCCUUAGUGGUGAUUAUUGUCAUCUUUGUCACUGUGCUGCUGCGCUGCCGCCACGCUUCCAGGUUUAAAGCUGCACAGAGGAAAAAACAAGGGGCUGAGUGGAUGUCACCCAACACAGAGAACAAGCAGAACAAGAAGAAAAAGCGCAAGAAAAGGAAAUCCCCCAAAAGCUCCUUGCUCAACUUUGUCACCAUCGAGGGGAACAAGCCUGACGAUCCUGCCCACGAGCCAAUCAACGGAACCAUCAGCCUGCCCACCGAGCUGGAGGAGCAAGGGAUUGGACGCUUUGAUUGGAAUGCCACACCUACAACAACCUUCAAACCCAGCAGCCCAGACCUGGCCCGGCACUACAAGUCCGCCUCGCCCCAAUCAGCCUUCCACCUCAAGGCCGACACGCCGGUCUCGGUGAAGAAGCAUCACGUGAUUCAGGAGCUCCCAUUGGAUAACACAUUUGUUGGGGGCUGUGACACCCUUUCCAAGAGGUCCUCCACGAGCUCCGACCACUUCAGUGCCUCAGAGUGCAGUUCCCAAGGAGGGUUCAAGACGAAGGGGCCCAUGCACACCAGACAGCAGGGAACUUUAACUCGUGCCCGAACCGAACUGAACCCUGAAUAUCUGGACCUCCGUCCGCGAGCCGAGCUGAACCCUGAAUAUUGGACCCCUUGCACCCCUUUAUCGCAGCGGCGCGUCACGUUUCACCUGCCGGAUGGCUCUCAGGAGAGCUGCAGUGACAGCGGUCUGGGGGACCACGAGCCUGUAGGCAGUGGCUCCCUCCUCACACAACCUCUCCCUCUGGUGCAGGCGCAGGACGACUUCUACGAGCAGGCCUCCCCUGAUAAGAGGACUGAAGCUGACGGCAACUCCGAUCCCAACUCUGAUGGCCCCCUGGGACCUCGUGGCCUAGUGGAAGCAACAGAGAUGUGCACACAGGAAUGUUUAGUGCUGGGACAUUCAGACAACUGCUGGAUGCCCCCGACGUUGGGAACAUACCAGCAGCCCAAGUCCCCCGUGUCCAGUUUUGGGUCUCAGAGGGAGUGGGGUCCCAAGGACAAACUUCUCAAUGGACAUACUUUGACCAGAACCUGGAAAAAUGAGAGUGGGCGGUCAGAGCAUUUUGGUGACAGGAAGCAGUUUGGGAGCGGAGAGGGACACUUCACCGGCAGCGGCAUGGCUGAUAUUCCACUGGUGAGUCUGAAGUCCUGCCAGCCAGCCUCCUGCCCAGACAGCCCAAAGGACCAGCAGCUAUAA